ACCAUAGAAGAAAGAGACAAAGGCUGUUUCGUUAUGUAGCUAUAACAUUUGAGCGAGCUAGUUUUUUUCUGUUGGUAUUCCGUAAAUAUUUAGCUAAUCGAAGCCAUGGCAUGAUGUUAACUAUUAAUCUGGACAAUUUACCUAAACAUCAUUUACCAAUACAGUGAACAACAAGAAUGUGUGACCCGUGAGUGGUAAUGCCAUGAAUUGUGAUUCAGAAAAAGUUGUCCAGUCCCGGUCACAAAUCACCUCAUCUGGACAGUCUACUCUUCUACAGGCUCUGAGGGUGUUCAGUCCCAUGUCUGUGGAUCUCCCCCAAAAUGAGAAGGAACUGGUCACUUUCAUUGAGCAACUCAGAGGUGAGGGUAACAAGCCUACCAUUCUUAAAAGCAAGGAUGUAUAUGGAUACAAAUCUUGCACUUCAAAAAUUAGGCCUAUGGUCAAGCUGCAUAAAACAGUUGACACUGUAGGCCCAAAAGUCCAGGAGCCUUGCAAAAAGAGGGGUAAACCAACAGUGGACAAGUCUGAAAUAAAUUAUGCCUCAUUAAGUCCUGCAGCUAAAGUUGUCCUGAAAAAUCAACCCAAGAUUCUCCUGACAAAUAUGUCACAGGAGACCCUAAAACAGACUGUUUCAAAACCACAUGCAUUUGUAGCUGGACCAAGCAAUAUGUCCACUUGCUUGAAACUUACCAACAUAAGCGGGCCUUCUACAGGCCACACAGCAAGACUGCAGUUUCACACAGGUGUAUGGACGGGAGGAGUUACUAUGUCGAACUCCCAUCUUCCUCUAUCAGCACAGCCAUCCGAUGGUGCCAUAAAUUCAAAGAAAGCAGCAUCUCUACGAAGAGGAUAUUCUGUAGUGUGCUCUCGCAAUUUGGACACAGCUUCUAGAGUCCCUCUACCUCAUGUGCAUCAGAAUGGAUGGGUUUUGAGGGAAAGCAAUGGAAUGCCUUGUUGGAGGGACCAGAAAAGAAAGUGGGUUGAGGAGGCUGAAGAGAAACUGUCUGUGAAGAAGUCCAGUCCAGUCUGGCUGGUUAAAACACAGGAAGACCUUAAAGUGAAACAAAAUAAUUUAAGAUUUAAAGUCAUAAAGAUUGAUGACUCAAUAACUGAUGAUGAGGUUAGGAGAAAAGCGCAGAAGAUACUGCAAGUCAACCUGUCUCCUGUCAUAGAAAUUCAACCACUUAUUGCCUAUCCUGUGUGAAAAGCUGUUUUUACAGUCAAGUAUACGUAACUUAGUUAAAUUCAUGUUUAACUAUGCAGUGUCCCCUUAGAACCUGUAUAAUUACUUUAAUAUGUGUCAUUUGUAACAUGCUGUGCUUGAUCUGGGGUUUGUGUCUCAAACAAAUAGCCAUAAGUGCAAAUUAUUUUUAUGUAUACUGUGAAAUACAAUGUUUAGGAGGAUACUUCAAAAUAUAAAUAAAAAAUGGUCUUUCAUGUACUGUUUGUAAAAGCUUCCAAGAUAGACUUGGAUUGUUGGAUUGUUUGUUUUUCUUGGAACAUUUUAAAUUGUAGGUGACAAGAUAUUUAUCUUUAGCAAAUGCAAUUCAAAAAAAAUGUAUAACGAGUUAUGAAGACUUUGGGUAUGGAAUCUCUUCUCCUCACACUUGUGUAAUAAAGCUUUUUUACCACA